AUGUCUUUCGAUUACUCUUAUCAUUAUGCCGGCUUCAAGCCACUCCGCGAACCGGUGGUUCGUAUCAUCGAUAUUUCGCAUAAUUUGGUCGUCCGUCAAGUGUCGACGAUGCUCCGGAGGCUGUGGCUGGUGGACCCGCCCCUGUCAGACGAGGAGCUCCUUCAGGAAAAUACGCUCAAGGCGUGUUUUCAGGCCAUAACACAAGCCAUUGGCAACGGAAUAUCAGAUGAUCCUGAGGAGGUGCGGUGGGAUCACGGCCUCUGGCUAUCACACACCGAGCUCCGGGUGCUCAACCCGGCCGCUCUGGCUGCAGCAGAGCCGUUUGAUGUGAGGAGCGUUGUUUCUCCAUGGCGGUCGGAGAUUUACGAGAUCUACAAACAUGUCUUCAUUGACAUGUGGCGGAUGAUGAAGGAGGCGCCGGAGACUGACCACCUCGGGGAGUUUGAUCCCUCCAAGGAAGGAUCUGUGACCCUGGGCGUCCUGAAAGCCGAGAAGCUCAAGGCCGACAAGACUGCUUUCCGUACAGAUACGUUCCUGUACCCGGUGUGGAUCAACCCGAAAGCAAAAAUUUCGUUCAGCAUGGACGGCGUUGUGGGGAAGGAGCACAUUUGGUCGGAUGACGAGCCUUCGUCAUGGGUUACGGGGCUGUGGGUCCAAGGUGAGAAGGAGGUCACUAUGACAACGGAAUUGGAUGACAUCGAGGGAGACCAGACUGGAAUAGCAGCGGUCUUCGUAAUGGGGCACUGCGAAAAGGGUGCUCCCAUGCAGCUAAUAGAAGAAUUCCGGGACAGAGAAACAAAUGUUUUAGGGCCGGCAGGUGGCGGCGACAGCAAAGCUCCAGAUUACGACGUGCCUGAGUUUGUGGCAGAGGCUGAUCACCUCGCGAGGGCGAUCUUCCUGAAGGCGGGAAAGGCUGUGGAGCAAUGUGCAUUUGACAUUGUCGACAGCGAAAUCGACCAGCUCCAAGACACAACUUCCUGGCUCGAGGUGGAUGUUCAUGAGAGCGAUACGGUAUACGAGCCGCUACCAGAUGACCACAGCAUCAGGAUUCUCAUCGUGGAGCCCGAAUCGGCAGGACCGGAUCUCCAAACACGACUUGAAGUCGUGGACUUGGACAAGGAUGUGGCAUAUGAAACUAUGUCAUAUACAUGGGGAGAUCCAAAGGACCAGGUGCCGCUUCGAGUCCGCAGUCAGACCGUCAUGAUUCCAAAAAACCUCGAGAAUGCCUUGAAGCGACUUCGACACGCAGAUCACAGGCGAUACAUCUGGGCUGAUGCCGUCUGCAUCAACCAAGCGGACCUUUCUGAGCGUGGUCAGCAAGUGUCGAUCAUGCGCAAAAUCUACUCAAAAGCACGAAGAGUCCUCGUCUGGCUCGGGCAAGACAAGACGAAUUAUGCAAAGCUGGCUUUCACCACCAUUUGCGAUAUUGUUCGCUCUUGGCGCCCUGCGAGUAACCCAAAUCGAUUUACAAGUUACAAGGAAGCAUUUGAGCCUCGAAAAGAAGCUCUUAGUAUCGACGAAGAUGGCUGGACGGCCCUCCAAGCCAUGUUUCAGACUGAAUACUUCAGCCGGUUUUGGGUGAUCCAGGAACUGGUCCUUGGGCAGAACGCGACGAUAAUCUGGGGUAGCCACUCCAUCGACUGGGGCCUCGUCGGAAUCAGCGCGGCAUGGCUGCUGACCAGAGGGUGGCCAACAAACCAGGACUGGCCUAUCUCUGCUGCGUACAAUGCAUUCCUGAUAUAUGUCCUCCCACUCGCCAGGCGGAGUGCGAUUUCGAGCUUCUCCAAGCUCGACCUAUCUGCCGUCCUGGCGACAACAAUGGGGAAGUUUAAGUCGACAGAUCCGAGGGACAGAAUCUUCGCACUUCUUGGACUGCCAUUCUCGGGCAAUGAUCCUGAGAAAGGGACGCUCGUCGACCCGGAUUAUACCGCAGAGGUGCAGUCGGUUUAUCUUAGCGCCACGAAGCGCAUGCUUGCCCAAGAUCUCAAUCUGAGGCUUCUGAGUGCCGUACAGCACGGUCUGGAGAUCGACACCACCUCUCCAUCUUGGCUGCCAAAAUGGGACCAGUCUUUGUUCGCAGAGCCACUGGCCCUCCGACAGGAGCAUGGAUACUACGCCAACGCGGGAGAACUAUUCAUUCCGGGCGACGACACUUUCGGCGCAGAUGGGAAAUCGCUCACACUUACAGGACUCAAGGUGACCACCGUGUCGGACGUCACGGCACCAUUCACGGCAGGCCAAAUCUCGUUCUCCGGCCUGCCGGACAAGAACAGGGACGCGAUGCUCAUCAUCCUGUCCUACCUCAACGACAAAGACCGUCAGGUCCGCGCGUCGUGGAGCGCGACGCUGGAGAAGAACACCGUCCCGGGCUUCAACGACCCGGAGAAACAGGCCGAGUUCCUCGCGGAAUAUGGUGGGUUCCGCAUGGCGGCUACGAACGCACUGCCCGGGAAGUAUGGCAUGCGAAAGUCCACCGAGAUGCUGGACGGCGAGAAGAUGGGCGUCGACAACCUGGGCGAGUUUUUGAUUUACUGGCGCGAGCGUUGCACGUGGGACGUCGAGGCCCUCCGACACGACGACUUCAAGGACUUCUGGGCCGCCGUGGAAAAGGAGGAGAGCCCGUAUACCACGGAGCGGGCCCUGUGCUCGAUGAACGCCUUUCUUGGGCGGAGGGUAUUCCACUGCGAGGAUGGGAAGCUUGGGAUCGGGCCCGCGGCGAUGAGGCCGGGAGAUGUGGUCACUGUGCUUUUCGGUGGAAUUGUUCCGUAUGUGUUGAGGCCGCUGGAUGCUGCCGGUGAGGAUGGGAGUGAUCAGAAAUGGGCAUUUGUGGGGGAGUGUAUCGUGCCUACAUUAAUGCAGGGACAGGCAGUAGAGGAAGCUGGGCUGUUGGCCGAUGGAACAUAUGAGAGGGGCAAGGAUGGGAUGCUAAAGUUGACUCCGGCGGAGCUGGAUGGUACGGAUCCGCGCUUUAGUCGGGAGGUUGGGAAGGAUGGCGUUGAGAGGUUUGAGAUCAGGUAG